AUGACACGAACGCCGGUGAUGUCCCUAAACUCGGUCGAGGGCGAGGAGGACCCACUGCUGCAGGUGGGUCCUGUCGGCGAACAGCAAGUCGACAGAACCACCUCAUCAGUGCUGGCCCGCAUGCGCGCCGUGUUGCACACCAUCGAAGCCGAGGAGGUGCAAGCCACCGUCGCCAUCCCACACGACAAGGAAGAGUACUUCGACGACAAACCCCCGGCAUGGUUCAGCUUCAAGAAGCUAUGGGCGUUCACUGGACCUGGCUUCCUCAUGUCGAUCGCCUACCUUGACCCAGGCAACCUCGAAUCUGAUCUUCAGGCCGGAGCAGCGGCCGGCUACAGUUUGCUUUGGGUGCUCUGGUGGGCCACCGUCAUGGGCCUUCUACUUCAGUUGCUCGCGGCUCGAUUGGGCGUAGUCACCGGCAAGCAUCUAGCGCAGAUCUGUCGUGAAGAGUACCCCAAGGAAGCCACCUGGUUGCUGUGGCUCAUGACCGAGCUCGCCAUCAUCGGUUCCGAUAUUCAAGAGGUCAUUGGCUCGGCGAUCGCAGUCAACAUUUUGUCGAAGGGCACCAUCCCCCUGUGGGGCGGCGUUCUCAUCACCGCAGCCGACACAUUCACCUUCCUGCUGCUCGAAGGCUAUGGCGUGCGUAAGCUCGAGGCCCUCUUCGGUGUGCUCAUCACUACAAUGGCCGUGACCUUUGGCGUGGAGUACAUCAUCGCCGAGCCGAACCAAGCCGACGUCAUGCUGGGUUUGGUGGUGCCGACGCUCAGCAGCAGCACAAUCCAGCAGGCUGUGGGCAUGGUGGGCGCUGUGAUCAUGCCUCACAACAUCUACCUACAUUCCGCCCUGGUCCAGUCGCGCGACGUGAAGAGGGACAGCGACGUGCAGCUGAAGGAGGCCAACAAGUACUUCGCCAUUGAGUCGGCGAUCGCGCUGUUACUCUCGUUCAUCAUCAAUCUGUUCGUCGUAUCCGUAUUCGCGGUCGGCUUCUAUGGCACCCCUGAAGCUGACGACAUCGGCCUGCACAACGCCGGCGAGUACCUUCAGAAGCAGUACGGCGACUUCGCGCUCUACAUCUGGGCCAUCGGCCUGCUCGCUGCCGGCCAGUCGUCCACCAUGACCGGCACCUACGCCGGCCAGUUCGUGAUGCAGGGCUUCCUCGACCUCAAGAUCGCCCGCUGGAAGCGCGUGCUGCUCACCCGUACCAUUGCAAUUUUGCCGGCCGUGGUCGUGGCGCUGACGGCGACGGACUUCCUGGACAGUCUCGACCAGUGGCUGAACGUGCUCCAGGCGGUGCAGCUGCCGUUCGCGCUGGUCCCGGUGCUGCUCUUCACCAACAGCAGCGCCAUCAUGGGCAAGUUCAGCAAUCCGCUCAUCGUCCAGUUGGUCACGUGGGUCCUCGGCCUCGGCGUCAUCGCCAUCAACAUCUACAGCAUCAUCCAGGCCUUCGAGGUCCUACCGCAGACCUGGUGGCUUUUCGCCAUCUUCGUCUUCGGCGGCAUACUCUACUUCGCCUUCAUCAUCUUCCUCAUCGUCUUCGUCUACCACGCCAAGCUCCGACGGCUCCUGCACUGCCUCGGCCGACCAUUCGGCUGCUGUCAGGCCGGCCCAGACGACGGUCAACCCGAGGAGGCCCAGAAGGUCACAUCAGGCUACGAGCGCACCUAG